UGCUGGACCCAAAGGAGACAACAUUUAUGAAUGGAGGUCAACUAUAUUGGGACCCCCAGGAUCUGUCUAUGAAGGAGGGGUGUUCUUUCUUGACAUUACCUUUUCACCAGACUAUCCGUUUAAACCCCCAAAGGUUACCUUCCGAACAAGAAUCUAUCACUGUAAUAUUAACAGCCAAGGCGUGAUCUGUCUGGACAUCCUAAAGGACAACUGGAGUCCGGCCCUCACUAUUUCUAAAGUUCUCCUCUCCAUCUGCUCACUUCUUACAGAUUGCAACCCUGCCGACCCUCUGGUGGGCAGCAUUGCCACACAGUACAUGACCAACAGAGCAGAGCAUGACCGGAUGGCUAGACAGUGGACCAAGCGGUAUGCCACAUAGGGGCUUGCUGCCUGCCGCCCCCGCCGGAUCUGUGCAAGCACAUUCACCAAGUGCAUCAAUAGCCCUGCCCACCCCUCCAGACCUUGGUUCUUAUUUUCCUAUUUUUAUUAAAAUUUGAACUGUUGUGUAAUGGUAUGUCAUCCAUCCUCCCUUUCUUCCUUCUCCCUCCCUCUCCCCUCUUUUCUUUCUCUCUUUUCCUCUCUCUUUUUUCUCUUGUUUUAUUCCCUUUUUGAUUUCUGUUAACUUGAAAGAGUUGGGAUUUUUUCUUUCCCACCUCAGUGUGGAUGGGAACUUUUGUUUUCAGUGCAAACAAUGUCGGAUCUGUAAUAGUAAGAGCUUUCUUACAAAGCUUUGUAUUACUGUGUGGUUUUGUUUUUUGUUGUUUGUUUUAUUUUGAUUUUUUCCUUUUGUGUGAACUUCGGGAAAACACAAAUUCAGAAUUAUAUCUCGUUUCUACUUAAAUGUAGUGCUUAGGGUUAAUUUUUUGUACUGAAGUCUUUAUUGGUGGGUGCAUGCUACUGGGAACAAGUUUUUGUACAAAAGCUUCAAUCAGAAUCACUGUGCAUUACUGAGACUCUGUUUAUCACUAGCCUUCUGUCCCCCAUGCAGAAGACUGUUGGAUUGAACAAAAUAAUAUGUAUUUCGAUUUACUUAAAGUGCUUGUAAAUUUCUUAGGGACCUGCCACUUUUGACUGUGGAUCAGUUGAUGUACACUUGUAUUAUUAAAGCACUCAAUAAAUCACUGUGGCUGAUAAAUGCA